UAUAGAAGUAAAUUACUUUUUUUCUCAGCUCCUUUGCCACCCAAAAUCCCUAAUUCUUUCUUAUUCUCCGAUCUCCAUUCCUCCAUCCUCAACAGGUUUUGUGUAACCAGCAGCAGCAGUAAUCAUGGCAAUUGAAACACUCCCAGCCGCAGCAACACCGCAAAAACCCAGAUGGGGUGAGCUAGAAGAAGAAGAUGACGGAACCGAUUACGAUUUCUUGCUGCCACCAAAACAGAUUAUCGGCCCAGAUGAAAACGGGCUAAAGAAAGUGGUGGAAUAUAAGUUUGAUGAUGAUGGGAACAGGGUCAAGGUUACCACCACCACCCGUGUUCGGAAACUAGCUAAUGCGCGUUUGAGCAAACGCGCUGUGGAAAGAAGGUCUUGGAAGAAGUUUGGUGAUGCUGUUCAGGAAGAUGUUGGUGCUAGGUUGACUAUGGUUUCUACUGAAGAAAUUAUCUUGGAAAGGCCUAAAGCCCCUGGUUCCAAAGCUGAAGACUCGAAUGCAUCCACAGAUCCGUUGUCUCAACUGCCGAAAACCGGAGCGGUUCUCAUGGUAUGCAGGAUUUGUGGUAAGAAAGGUGAACAUUGGACCUCAAAGUGCCCCUACAAAGAUCUUGCACAGCCAAGUGAAACAUUUGUUGAGAACCCUAGCCCUGCAGAUUCAGCUGCCCCUGGUACUUCAGGGCCCACUAAAGGAGCAUAUGUUCCACCAACCCUGCGUCCUGGUGCAGCAAGACCCACUGCUGGUGCUGACAUGAGACGUAGGAAUGAUGAGAAUUCUGUCAGGGUCAAUAACCUUUCAGAGGACACCCGAGAGCCCGACUUAAUGGAGCUAUUCCGUCCUUUUGGCAGCAUAUCUCGUGUUUAUGUUGCAAUGGAUCAGAAGACUGGAACGAGCCGAGGGUUUGGGUUUGUCAACUUUGUGAGGAGGGAAGAGGGUGAGAGGGCGAUUGCUAAACUCAAUGGGUAUGGAUAUGAUAAUCUUAUCUUGAACGUUGAAUGGGCAGCUCCUAGGGCAAAUUAGUCUUGUUGGUUGGAAUUUGAGACUCGGGUUUGUGCUUUCAAGAGUUUUUCGUGUGUUAGCAAAGACUUAUGAGAUGUCUAGUUAAAUUUAUCAUGCACAAUUUAACUUAACUUUAGCAAGAUGUUGAUACAAAUUUUGGUGUUCCCUGUUA